CCUCCCCUCAUUGUCAGCGCCCGCACCCGCCGCCCGAGCCCGGAGCUCCCCGCGGGCUGCGGCUGCCCAAGCCCGGGCCGUCCCGCCGGCUGGAGCGCGCCGCGGGCGGGAGGCAGGCCCGGCCGCUCCCGCUGCCCAGGGUGAGAUUGCCUCUGUUUGAAGAAACUGUAACAUACCAGGAAUACACAAGGUGUUGAAGAUCACACCAUUCACCCCGACUAAGCAAAGCUUUCAGCUAAAAGGAAUAAAAAAUAAACAUGGCAGAAUUUACAGGUUACAAGGAAACCUCAAAUCGGCACCUACGAUUCAAAUUGCAAAGUCUUAGUCGCCGCCUUGAUGAACUGGAGGAAGCAACCAAAAAUCUGCAGAAAGCAGAGGAUGAGCUGCUUGACCUCCAGGACAAAGUUAUCCAGGCAGAAGGCAGCAACUCCAGCAUGCUGGCUGAUGUUGAAGCCCUGCGGAAAAGAGUGCUGAAGAUCGAAGGCAAGGAUGAAGAAAUUAGGAAGGCUGAAGAGCUUUGCCGGUUAAUGAAAGAAAAACUCGAAGAGGAAGAGAGCCUCACCCGAGAGCUGAAGUCAGAAAUUGAACACCUUCAGAGGAGAAUGGCAGAGCUGGAGAAGCUGGAGGAGGCCUUUGGCAGGAGCAAGAAUGACUGUACGCAGCUGUGUCUUAGCCUCAAUGAAGAAAAGAACUUGACCAAAAAGAUAUCUACAGAAUUAGAAAUACUUAGAGUGAAAGUGAAAGAACUGGAAGCAUCUGAGGAUAGGCUGGAUAAAACCGAGCAGAGCUUAACAAGCGAGGUAGAAAAACUGAAAUCCUUAGCACUGAGCUUUAUCACUGAAAGAAAACAUUUUAAUGAAAGAGAAAAGCAGAAUGAGAAAAUAAUCCAGGAGCUAACACAGAAACUAGAACAAAACAAUAAACUAAAUAGGGCAGAUCAAACUAGAAAUGCAUCCAACUUGCUAGAAAGGUCAUCAAAUAAUCUCCUGGACAGAAAUGAUUUGAGAAUUGAAGAUGACUUGACUUCUGCAUUGCCUUCCAAGGAGACCAGGAGGAAGGGAAGUGUGGAUUUCCUGAAACAUGUAGAGAAUGAAACCAGGAAUAAAUCAGAAAACCAAAAGAAUAAAAAUCAAGAAGACAACAAAGUGAAAGAUCUCACCCAAGAAAUUGAGAAACUUAAAACUCAGAUCAAACGUUUUGAAUCUUUAGAGGAAGAACUUAAAAAAAUGAGAGCCAAAAACAAUGACCUGCAAGACAGUUACUUGAGUGAACAGAAUAAAAACAAACUCUUAACAGGUCAGCUAGAAGAAAUAAAAAUGCAAAUAAAGAAACAGAAAGAUCUGGAGAAUGGAGAGGUUGAAAAUGAAGAUACAAGCUUUUCUAGCAGGGGAAAACAUGACAGACCUAAAUACAAAGGUGUCACAGCUGAUUUGACAGCUGCCAAGCACAAGCCAAGGGAGCUCUCACCACAGCAGCGCCGGGAAAGAGUAAGGAACAGAGAUUUCUCUGUCAGUAAUGACAGCUACAGCCAUGGUGGUAAGCAGGUGCCCAGUCCAAGCUUAAUGAACAGAAAAGCAGGAAAAGCAUCUGGUGUAUCUGCCCUUUCAGAUACUACUGUGACAGAUACAAAAAGACUGGAAGAGACAUCUUCAGUUUUCACUUUUCCUUCUGGUCAGAAGGAAGGUUGCGUCAUGCAGAAUGAGGGGAAGAGAUCGAAAGAGCAGCCAUCUGUCCUUAGCCGAUAUCCUCCUGCUGCACAGGAGCAGAAAUCUUGGAAGGUGUCUUCCAAACCUGUUGGUGACACAAGCCUGAGAUCCAAGGCUGAAAAGCCAUCUCGGGUGCUCCGUGGCAACUGCCAAACUGGUGCUGGCACACGGGAUGAAAAGUCAAGCAAAGGAGAAUCAGUGGCUUCUUUGGCUGAAAAGCUGAAAACAAGUCAGGCAGAAGUCAGUGACUGCUCAGGGGACAUGCUGCUCACCAGGGAUAAUCAUGCCUCUUCCAACGGCACAGCUUCGGUGUACAAGUACCACCUCUCCUCCCACGUGUCAGCGUCGGACUCCACUGGCUCUAAAGCAGAAGCAGGGAACACUUUUGCUGCAUCACACAGACAUCCAUUGGAGGGGAGGGCUAAAAGAGCAAUAAUCUCCCAGGAAAAAGAAUUUGCAGACACAUCACUUGAAAAUGCAAAGCUUUCAACACUAACAAAGCGUUCACAUCGCUCCAGAAGUCAGGAGGACAUUCUACAGAUUCUCACAGGUCUUGAUAAAGAAGUCAUGGAACAGUCUUCAGCUUUAGCAACGGAUCAUGUAAAUGCUGGCUUAAAAACGGACUCCAAAACCACCCAGAGUAACCAGGAGAAACUUAAUUCAAAUGAGGAAUUGGGAAGAAGCAAAAAACCAACCACUCAGUCAGAUUUUGAGACAAGACAGACAGUCAGUUGCAGGCAGUUCUCCAAUUCCAGGGGAGUUUUUAGAGCACCACUUACUGAAAAUGACAAAACCAUUGUAAAUGAUGAAGACUCCACCAAGUGUAUGAAACCAUCAGAUGCCAGCACUGGAGGAUUUAAAUCCAGAAGGUCAUUCAGCCCGAGAGAAGCUCUGAGAUCAAAAGCUGUCAUUAAACCUGCAAUUGUUGAAAAGGAUAUGAAGGCAGUCAUGGGAGGGACUGUUUCAGAGUCAGAGUCAGAAAAACAGAAGUCUGUUUUUAAAAUGGUAACAAAUAAAAUGACAAGCAGCAUCACAAUUUUCCCUUCUGAGCCAACAGCUCCAAGGACCAGUGCAGAUACAGCAGCAAAGGAAAGGCACGUUACCACCAGCAACAUCAGAGUUGCUUCAAAUGAGCCUUCACCAAUAGCAAACAAUCUCCCCACACCCUUUGAGAUAUCAAUAAAUAAAAGUGCUCUGAAAUUAUCUGAGAUGGACAGAAGUGGAGAGGCAGCGCUGAGAAGUAAAGCAGAAACAGUAGUUUCCAGAAGCAGCAUUAUGAUAAAGACUUGUGAACUUACGGAGAGGAACACUGAGCUGCCUUCAGAGACAAUCAGCUGGAAGAGCCAUGGCUCUUCAGAUGCAGCUUCAUCUGAAACAAAGCAUGUCACUGUGAGAAGUUCCUGGAGAACAAGACAAGGCUUACAUUCCCUGGAGGACUCUCAAACCAAAGUGGAAAAAAGUGCAGCUCCCAGUACUACCAACAUGUGCAGGUCCUCAGUGGACCUCUCAGAAAUGGAAGGGAACAGUGCAAGAACAAACUCCCUGGAGCAGAACUCAGCAAGGACCAGUGCCACAGCUAAUUCCUGGAGUGCCCCUGAACUGGGGUCCCGGAGGACCAAAAGUAACUUAAGUGCAUCUGAACUGCAAACACGCAGGAGCUAUGCAAGUGAACCUACAGCAGGUUCUGCUUGGCAACAGACCACGCUACCUGAUGAAAGCAAAGAUUUCGUGUCCAGUUCCAGAAGAAAACAGUACGGCUCUUCUGAGUACCUCUCACAGGUUGACACACCAGGGAAAAGGCCAGCCACCAAGAUGGAACUGCAGGAACCUGAAUCCAGCCCUCAUGCACCACCAGGUCUCCAAGUGGAGGAGCAGCUAGCUUAAUGGCUAAAAACAUUCUCCAGGGAAUAAGAAGCACUACACCUAGUCAUCCUCUGGCACACAUUGGACAAUCAGGGAUGGAAGAAAAAACAUUUGGAGAGAUAAAAUCAGAGCCCUUGACUUACCUGCUUCAGCUGACUGCUGUAGUACUAGGGUGAUUGUCUGCUGAUACAUACCUGCUGCUCUGCUUCCUAAAACACAUCUUUCUGGACACACUAAGAAGUGGAAAAUGGCCCACAUUAUAGUGAAUAUGACCUAUUGCCUGAAAUAUGGAUAAAAAUGUGCAUUCCAGCCUCCUCAGAGAGAGCUCCCUUCAGAGGAGAUAGAGGUCCAGGCAGACUUUAAUUCCUAGGUGUGCAGCCGUGCUUAUGUUGGUACAAGACUUUCUCCUGGGACUCCCUCUUUGCCUGUAUACAUGCCCAGAGCACAGUGCAUCUUUCCAUUUAUGGAUCACCCACAGCAGGAAAUAUCGUAAGACCUGAACCUGUCAUCAGUGUCUCUUACUGGACGUGCACAGGAGUUGCUCAGUCUUGAUACAAGAGCAGCAGUGAGGCAACUGAGAGCCCUACAUAGUCAUACCUCUUGGUGAAGUUGCACAAAGUUGAGAGCCCAGAGGGAUGUAGUCCCAGCUGACCUUUGCAGACUGGCAUUUAGAGAUAGGUAAUGUUUGGAGUAGAGAGUAGUGAACUGACGCUGUCCUCGUCGGUAGCUGAGGAAAGGGACACCACAGCGAUGUUCGGUGUGGUCACCAAGAGGUGUUACCCAGUGACAUUCAUCUGGCCACAUGCAGGCUCCUGUACCUGACGCUGUGCUAUGCUGCUUUUGUCUGCACAGACUGGGUCAACACCAAAUGAAAACUUGGGUAUAGUCAGGUCCCUGUAACAUACUCACCAUCAUUUGGAUCGCCUGUCUUGCCCAGACCUCCACCAACUGUAACAGGAGCCUGAACACCUUGCAUGUGGAGAUGUGCUUUGACAUUAGAUCAGCUCCAUCUCCUCUGUGUUGUCAGGUACUGUGCAUCUCACUUGCAAGAUCCACAUGCUGGGUGUGGAAGUGGGUGCAGGGUAUGCUGCAGCAUAAGAAAAGGUAAUAGGCCCUGCCUGUGUGGGGCAGGGCCAGGUCAUUCUGCUUUAGUCUUACUCCACUGUAAACACCGACAGAGCCUGUAUCUUCCAAACUGAUUCUGCCACUGCCCUAUGCCCCACCAUUGGGCUAGGAUCCUCUUGGGCUUUAGGAUGGCUGCCUCAGGGCAAUCAUGAUACUCUUCCCCAGAGCAAAAAUGCUGCCAGAGGCAGCUGUGGGUCCUGGACAGUCUGUGAUGCUGCAGGGUUGUCUCUUACAGGGUACUUCCCGUGCCUGCUGGACAACAUCUUGGAGAUGAAUUGUAUUGCCUUCCACUCAGUGAACACGCUGCACAGUGAAGCAAGAGGCAGGAUAGUACCAAGCUCACGGGCGUCACACCUGAUUGUAACCUCACCAAAGGCUUCAGCUAGCCUGAAACCAGUUUUCUAAUGCAGUUUGCAAGGUACAGGAGCUUUACCAGUGAAUUAUUUUUCUUCAUUGAUGAAGAGGCAGAUGCAGAGACUUUGCUCAGGGGACUCCCACUUCUCAUCUCUGUACCUGCAAUCUCAGUCUUCUCCAUAGCAUGCUAGGUCUGUCUCCAUACGGAAACCUUGACUGCACAGACACUCUGCAUGAUGGUACUCCCUGGACAAGCGAGAACGUCUGGUUAAUCACUUGCAUUUAGACAAGAUCCCAGAAGUAACCCUGUGACUACAGUCCACCAGCCCGACAGCUCUCCUACACAGCUCCACAACUGAAAGCUUUCAGUCCCUAGGCAGAGUUUGCAGUCUCCCAAUACACCCUUGUUGGCUUGGGUUGUGGUCACCCCAUACCUGUGUUCCCAUCACCCUCUGUCGCUAGGCAGGAGGAAACCAUUCCCCACUGGUUGCUUUACACAUUAAGAGGGAAGGAGAGCAGAUGUGGUUUAGAAGCAGCUUUUUUCCCUAUUGCUGUCAGUCUCUGCAACAAGCUUUGCAUGAUCUACUCAUUGCCAACUGAGAUCUUGCACCAAGAAGUCAUCCACUGAACCAAAGCAACAGCAGUUUAUGCAGCAGUGAAAAUUCCUCCUGACUUGGACUGGGCUGCUUUUUUACCAGCUUUAUGACCAUCAUGCUCUGCAGGCAACAACCCUGCUGCUUGAUCUCAGCAGUUAUGCUCUAAGGGAAAAACAAACAAGUGCUUUUCCUCGCAGACAAGCAGAACGUCUUUGUUCCUUCCUAAAACAGGGUGGAGCUCCGGUGUAGCUACCUCUUCAGGACCACCCCAUCUGCCAUGUCUAGGAUCCAGGUCUGGUCAGAGACUGCUUCAAAUACAGUGGUACGGGACCCUGUCAGUACCCACAGGCCACCGAGUGCAGCUGGCAUCACUGCUGGGGGGAGACACCGCCCCCACAGCUCCAAGGGGUGCUCAGGUGCUGGAGCAGCAUCUGCCCUGAGCAGAGUGAUUGCAUCUGGCUCACAGUCUGAGCUCUGCCAGUCCUUCCUUUACAGCUCACCACCCAGCUGCAGGGCUGGCCCACAGUUUUCCUGUCCUGUACACAAACACCACUGACACCCCCCCCUCCCGCCCCCCCAGUGCUUUCUUCUGCCUGUUGGAAACAGACACCCCUCUAUGGAGGGACAAGGACAAUGCUGCGGAAGGGAAAAGGUUCCUUAUGUUUUGGAGGUGUGGUGGGAACAGCUGCGACCCAGCAGCUCCCAUGUCUGAGUUGCACCCCACACUCAUCCCCACCUCUCACCUCCCAGACGAGCAGCUACCACGACAGCGUGCGUGACUAUCCAUACAUGCACGGUUAUAUGCCGUAUCUCCUCCCUGUCCCUUGGAAUUAUAUGCCUCAAUUCUGAGAGGCAAACCAAUCAAAAAAAAAACCAGAGCUGGUUGGAAAAUAUCUAUGAAAACAUUUAUAUAAAAAGGAAGGUGUUUCAUUGACAUGAUUGAUUUUUUUUUUAAUAAAGAUUGUUUGGAGGAAGGGAAAAAUUGUUUUUGAAAAAAGUGUUUCCUUUUGCAAUUUUUAGAUGGUUUCUCAGAUUUAUAUUUUUAACCCUUCAUUUUAUUCUUUUGUAUUUCAUGACGUGUAAGUGUCAAGUUGCAUAACAAGACAAAAAGAUAAUGCUUUUAAAUUAGCACUAAGUGGCAGCUCUAAUAAUCUUUAAAUUAUAUUAAAAUAAAUUAUAUCAACUGCUAUCUCUUACCAUUUCAUUACAUGGUAGUGCUAGUAGAGAAUGGGAUAAAUACCAAGUAUAAUGGGAAAAAAUUUUUAAACUCAGAAUCCAAACUAAAAGUGAAUGAAACUGAAAUUCUGAAGUUAAAUUCAGAUUUCUGAAAUGCCCCAUGCUUAUCAGGAAGUACUGAAAAUUAGUGCAGAUUUUGCGAUCUGAAACUCCAAUGGUGUUUGGGCGGGUUUUUUUUUUAAACAAGCCUGUGAAAUUGCAAUAUCCACCCUGAGCUCCCUGCUUUGCUCAGAGUUUAACUGCGUGGCAGGAUCAGCGCCACCACCACACAAAACAAGACAUUACUGAGAUUGAUUUCUUGAAUGGCAUCAGCUUCCCUUGCCUCAUUGUGCACUCUUGCAGGCUUUCCACGGCUGAUAGAGAAUUGCAACCUGACCAGAAGUGCCACAUCUGAGCAGUGCUCUUAUGGGGCUGGCUUGCUUGCUAGCCUCUCCUAGCCUCAGGACACUACGGUCUGACUCUUUACCCCUUGUUUUCAUGUUAAGAAAAUACUUGCCUUCAAAACUAAAUAUGCUGCCUUAGGUCCUCCUCCAUCCGUUGCAUACAAAACCCCCUUUGAGCCAGUGCAGCUGCUCUGCUGCGAGUCGCCCAAAUGCCUCCUGCAGUACAUGCUUGCUUCACCUGCGAGUUUGCAUCUUGGAGGCAUGUACCUGCCUCUUCAGACAUCACAGAAAUUACUUGUUUCUAUUUACAUUCCCAAAUGUGCUGUCAAGCAGCUCUCCAGCCACGUAAUAUAUACCUGGUUACAGUCCCUGUAGAAGAACCGCUGCUGACAACCUGCUUGGCACUGCAGUUCAGUCUCACAGAGAAGCAGCAUAUUUAGGGGGACCCCCACACCCCAUGUCGCUGCUGCCCAGGACUUGCAGCUUAGUUUUACAAACAGCCGGAUGGUGCACAUGCACUGAAGAGGACGAGGAUCUCUUUGAGCAGGGACUGUACGGCAUUCCUCCCAGUGAUGAGCCCCAUUCUGCUGCAGGACAGUGGUCCACAUUCCACAGGACACUUGGGUGUCCACACACAUCCACCAGCCCUCUCCUCCUCAUAUUCUUGGCAUGGAUCCAGCUUACCAUGGUGCUUCCAAAGCUCCUUCCAGCAGAACUGAUUUCAGGCCUGUCCAGGAAAGCCCUGCAUCCCUAUGAUACAACUUGCUGGGUUAACACAGGCUUCCUGUACCAACCCACAAAACUCUGGCUUACCCCUCAGCUUUCAACCCCACAGCCCACCCCAAUAACACAACCCCAUGUCUGAAGUGCAAGGGAAAAACCAUCAGCAGCAGUAGCUGUUGGUUUUACCCUUCUGUCAGCCAGGAACCAGACUUUUCCUUAGCAAGAAGAGGGCUUCACCCUGCUGCUCAGCUGCACACAGCAGGAGCCCCAGCUACUGACCCAGCAGUGCAGCUCUUCUGGCACUCUCCGCUCUCCUCAGGUGCUUCUCACAGGCAAUGUCUCCUUUCUUCAGCUGCCUCAGUCCUUUGUUCAGUAUUUUACAGCACAUACCUUGAAAUAUUGCGUUAGACUUGAUCUCACUGCUUGUAAAUAAUGAACACGUAUGUCAGUCAGUAACUGUACACUGGGUUGUUUUUACCACAACUGAGAUUAAAUCUGAGAAAGAAAACCCUCCUUAAAAUUGAAAGGGGCCAUGCCCUCUAAUCAUGAGUGCAAUAGGAGCUGAUUGUAUUAUUAAACUUAUAGCAAUGACUUCAGGAAACACAAUGUGUUUUACUCAAAUUGCACACUUUUUUUGAACAGUUGUAAAAUAGAGUCUAUGUGUAAAUAUUGCCAUCACUGAAGAAGUAUUUGUAAUUUUAGCAUAUAAAUAUAGCAGGCUUUUCAGUGGGCUUGAUGAUGCCAUGAGGCUAUGCAUCAAGCACUCGGGUAAUUCCAAAGUUGUAAAUGUAUUUGCUGUACAGAGGAAGUGUGUCAGUGCUCGCUUCUCCCAAGGAAACAGAGACACUGGUCCCUUCUGGAGAGUCAGUGGCUUUCCCCAGAAUGGCUGGCACCAGCCUGUGGGCCAGCAGCUUGCUGCUUCACAGAGCAGCUUCCUUUGUGUCCAGAACACCCGUGCAGCACAGAGAGCAACGCCUCUCCAGCUGCCCAGGUAGCAUGGAGGGGCGACAGCUUUGCAGUGCAAGCACCAGUGCCAUGCAUCGCCAAACUGCAGCUGAGCCGACACGGCUGAGGGGAUACCCGCAGUCCUCUUGCGGACAGUACCUCCAGGAAGGGAAAAGGGCAGGAAGCACAGGGCAGGGUGGUGCACUGUGGUGCAUCAAGAGACACUUGACAGGAGGAAUUUCCUAGCUACUGAUGGAAGCAAUAGUCACAUUAGUGUCAUCACUAGUAUAGUAGACCUCAUUUCUGCCACCCUUGCACAUCAUUGGAGUGGUCAAAGUACUGCUCCAAGGCCAGCCUCCAGUGGACUGCUCUGUAUGUGAUGAAACAUGAAGCAUUGUUUGCAGAUGUCUCUGAUGGUCAAUAACCUAAGGACCCAAAGGAUCAUCUUGCUAGGCUGCCCAGCAUGCAGUGCAGUCUCCUGCCUUGGGGAAGCAGCACUCCAGGCUGCAUGGAAUGUAUUUUUAAGAGAAUAAAUCUAUUUUUUUGUAUUUGCAGACAUAUAUUUGGGCUGGGGUAGCUUAGUUCCAAUACAAAUAAUACAAGCAAUCUUUUCAUAAUCACAGACUCAUCCAAGUUAAACAAAUUUUCCAGGGUUACAGUACUGCCUAUUUCCCUAAAACAACCUUUGUGUCCAAUAGAGCUAUCGGCACUGUUUCACCCUCUCUCAAAACUCUCCCUGUCUCAGCAUGCUCAGUAGAGGGAAGCCAGCUCUUUCCUCUCCAGGCUGCCCAUGCAGUGGAUACAGAUGGUGCUCACCUCCUUCCAGUUACACAGUGCUCUUAGUCUGCAUGCCAAAUGUAAACACACACUUUAUUUGCAUGUCUCUCCUGACUCGAACACUGUCAGCUCUACAGUAUAUAAUCAAUAAAAACUCUUCUCUUUUUA